AUGUCUCUGCAGUGUCUUCCCUUCGAGAUCUUGACACAGAUAAUUCAGCCGCUUAUCCCAUCCAAUUGGAAUGGUCUGAGCACAGACUCCAAAAUCGGUGUUUUGAAGCUUCGCACUGUCUGCCGAAGCUUUGAUCAUGCGGUAUCGCGAUGCGCGCUCCGAAAGCUGGGGGCAGUUGCUUUGCUAAGUCUUGGUCGUCGGCCAGACAGGAUUGAAACUGUUCGCUGGCUUCUGCUCACCAAGGCGAGAAUGGAAUAUUCCUCACGGAGAAGCCCUUUUGAAUAUCUUUACAUAUGUGCCUCUUUUAUGGCUUCUCAAACACUCUGGGUUUCUUCGAGUGCCCGGGGCCGCUGGGAGUGGUUGGAAACCGUUUGCGAGGUCAUUAUCGCCUCUCACGACACGGAGUGGGUGCUCAACCUCCUAGUUGGGGAUUCAAGUAUGUUUCCAGGGCCAGAGGCUUGGGAAUUCCACCGCGCCCUCAAUACUACAGGAGCGGCAGAGUUUCAAGUCGGUGGAGAGACAAUCACAGCUGCUCAAUCAAUCGUGGCAUUGCCUCUUGCUUCAUUCCGAGGCAACGAAGAGGGAGUUGCUGUGCUUCUUUCUAGUGGAGCAAAACCCGAUAUGUGCCAUUCGAUAUUUGGCAAACCCUUGUAUACCGCGGCAUACAACAAUCAUGUUCAUAUUAUCAAGUUGCUGGCAAAGCACGGUGGCAGCCUCCAAACAAGUGGGCAGUUCGGCACUCUCAUUGAAGUCGCUUGUCGGCAAGGCCAUAUUGAAACCCUUCAAUAUCUUCUAGACACUAUUCCCGUACGAGAGUCGAAAAAUUCUGUUAGCAAAGCUUUGCUGCUUGCUUGUAGGAAUGGUCAUGAAGAGGUGGUCCGCGUUCUACUGCAAUGGGUCGAUAGCAUGAGUGAAGUGGACCAAACUUGGAGGGAGCUCGGCAGCCAUUUCGGAUUCAAAACCAUUGGGACGCGGCCCCAAAUUGACCUAAACUGUUCAAUCAAAAAAGAGGGAACGCCCUUGGCAGCUGCCGUUGCAAAUGGGAAUGAAGCGAUAGUUCGCAUGUUGACGACUCGAGAUGACGUGCAACAGCAUUUUGGAAGAAGCAGGUUCUGCCCACUCUGGCUUGCCAUUAAGCGGGACAAUGCACCAAUGGCCGUCAUUCUUUUGGAUCGCUAUCAACUGGAGCCUAAUUUCAUCAUUAAGCGAGACAUGACCUUGCUUUGUGCAGCGGCAGGCCUGGGAAGUGCGUCAGCUGUCCGGAUGCUUCUUCAACGAAGUGACAUUCAUCCGGACUUCCGAGAGCAGGAGAAGUAUACGACCCCAUUAUCAUUAGCAGUGCUCAGAGGUCAUAUUGAGGUCGUUAGAUUGCUGUUGGGGCGAGCGGAUAUUGACCCAAAUAUUCCAGCAAAGGGCUGGAGACCAUUAGAAAUGGCUGUGCACAAGGGGCAUGAAGCCAUUGUAAGACUCCUUCUCACGCGGCACGAUCUCAAUCCGAAUCUCCAUGAAACUUCCUUCACACCGCUAGGGGCGGCGGCAAGGUUAGGCAUGAAAAAAAUCGUUCGGAUGCUUCUGGGGCGGCCUGACACAGAUCCAAAUCUUGGACACCCCAACUCCGGUCACUCUCCCCUGAGACUUGCUAUUAUCCGUCACUGGCCACAUGUUGUGAGGGAACUCCUCCAACGAAAAGAUGUCGAUACAAAUCAACCAGGAAUACACGCAUACAUGGUAUCAGAACCGCCCCUACGACGUGUGUUAGAACGGCGGCCAUUCGCUCCUCUCAUAGAGGCUGUUUUGGCCGGAUCUGCCGACGGACUACGACAACUACUGUCUCAGGAAAAUAUAAAUCCCAAUGAGCAUCACAGAGGCCAGACUCCGCUGAUUAUGGCAGUCCAAAGCAGACGGAUCGACAUGGUUCGGAUUCUUCUAGAGCACCCAAACAUUGACGUAAAUAAAACAGGCACGUGCGAACCGUACCAUGAUGAGGUUCACGUUAGAACGGCUGAAAGCACAACCUGGUCAUACACGCCAACCCUAGUUUUGGGAAACGGGCCUGGCCCGACGCCUUUGUUUAUCGCCUGUAGAAAAGGCUACCUCGAGGUUGUCAGUCUGCUUAUUCAACACGCAAGGGUCAACUUGAAAAUAAGCGACAAUAGGUCUCGGACUGCGCUUUGGUGGGCGGCGUGGGGAGCGAACAUGGAAGUGUUCACGCUACUUCUAAAACACUGUCGUGAAUACAUCAACACCUCCGACUUUGAAGGCUGGACGGCGUUGCAUGUCGCGGUAAAUUGGGGUCAUGGUGCGCUUUUGGAUAUGCUGAUGGGCUGCGUGGAGCUUGACCCAAACGCCGUCAACCAGGAUGGUUGGACUGCUCUUCAUCUCGCCGUUGACCGUCGUAGAACAGCGAUAGUGCUGAAACUCCUCGAGCACCCCAGGAUUGAUGUAACAUGUAGGAAUGCUGACGGGCAGACGGCAAUGGAUCUGGCCCGAUGGAGGGGAUUUGAGAGGCUGGCUGAUCUCGUUGGAAACCGGGGUCGGCGUCUUGCGCGUGUGCGGGCGACGGCCAAACUAUUCUUCUCGAAAUAUUCGAAAUAG